GGAGAGGUGGGUCCCCAAAACUCCAUCAGGAGUAAGAAGGUGGCCCCAGUGUCCAGAAGGAGAGAGAUAGAUCACCCUGAUAUUGUGAUGUCUACCUGAGACUCCCAGUCAGAGAUGGCAGUGGUCAGGCCAAGGGAGAAUCAUGGGAACCUGGGCCCCCUCAGUUGUCCGUGGCCAGAUAUAGGACUUCAUCUGAAGGGCCACCUGAACUUGAUGUCCCCAUGCCUCGAGGGACCUGGAGCCAGUCAACAUCCCAAAACCCUUCUUGAUGGCACCUUGGACAUGGUUUGGGUGGUUUACAUGGGUUCAGGCAGGCCCGGGCUAAGUGACCCUCCUGACUGCCUUUGAAACAGAGACCCACAGGCUCUCAGGCUUUGGGAGGCCAGGGAACCUACAUGGUUGCCAUGGCCACUUGAAAAGCCUUAGCCAGAAUCAGGUAUUUUUGCUUUCAGGCUUUUUUAUCUCUGACAUGGUAUACCUUAAAGGCUACGGCUGUGUCUUCUGCCUGAGGAGUCAGGAGUCCUUUCUCUAGACAUUUAAAUUAGGCCCUAGUAUCAAGGAAACUCUGGGAGAAGUGGGUCUGAGGAGUUGUUUUCCAUCUGGGGUCUCAGGAUCUAGACUAGUAUAUUGUAAGAAGAUCUUUGUGAGGCGGUCUAGGAAUUGAGAUGGUUUAUGUUUGUACUGGAUAACCUAUUAGAUUAUUUAGUGAUUUCCCACUUUAAGGGUGGCCUUGUGAAGACCAGCUAGGAGGCAAGUUAGAAAUUGAUCCCGAGCAGGGAUGCCCCUUCAGGAUACUGUAAUUCCAUUCACCACCAUGGUUAGGGACUGCCUCAGCCCUGACUGGGUGGGCAGCCUGUCACUAAGGAGGGAGAAAGGGAAACCAGAGAUGCUGGAGAGGAAGAUGAGGAACUGUGGGUUGAGGCCAAUAAGGGAGAGGCUUUUUAGUGGGAUCAAAAACAGUGGAAGAAUCAUCUGGUUUGGGCCUCACAACUAGGAGGAGUUGUACCUUGGUUAGCUUAUGUCAUGUGGACACUUUUAAGAUGGGAGUGAGGCAAAACCCAUCCUUUCCAACCCCGCUGUCUGUCUCAUGGCCGCCUCUGUCCCUGUCGGGGGACAGGAACUAAGAUGGCAGCAAGCCACAUGUUUCCUUUAAGAUUACCUAUGUGUAGAUUUUUAGCUGUCAGCCCUGGUGUUAUGAGUUUUAAAUUAACCCCUUUGUUACAAAAUUUACAGGGUUAUAAGCAUCUCCAAUAUGCUUGCAAAUCUUUAGGUACAGAAAGUUUAUACAGUAGUUUUACAAAUCUUGAGAUAAGAUCUAUACCUUAGGAAAGGUUGUAGAGAGUUAAACCAAAACCAAGAGUAUGAGAUGAGUAGCAAUAGUCCCCACUGGAAAUAGUCUCUUUAUUUUGUUUUGCUCUCCUUUCUCUGUCACAUAGUCAGGUGGCUUACCUGAUAGGGGAGAUUUUAGAGGAAAUCUUUUAAACAAACAUGCUUGGUUGGGGGAGGAGCAAGCCAUACCCCAUACCCCAAUUCCAGAGCCAGCUUUUAAUUGAAGUGGGACAACAUAAAACAACAGUCUAAUGCCACUCAUAUCUAAAAGACACCUAAAUCACUGUAAAACUGAAUCUGAUAAGAUAAGAACAAAUAAAGCUUAGAGAUAGGAAAAUUUUGAGCUCUAGCUAUAGACAGAGGGCGUUCGUUGCAGGAGGGAGCUGAGCCAGUGAAGAGUAUUUGCAGAAUGUGUACACAGAGCAACUGGCCUACUGCUUUGCUUUCUCCCCCUGUUGCUAGGUUUGGCUCCUGGCUUCCACUUUGCAAUGAACUUACAGAUCUAUCAACUGGUAACUUAAAAGACAGGUUUUUUAAACAGUGAGGGGGUUGGGGGGUGGAGGGUGGUGAGGAACCAGACAAAGACAGGGCUUGGAGCAGAGAAAAAAUUGGGAAUGGGGAGUCUCUUUUUAUUUCCCUGAUCACUCCUAGUAUUUGCAAAGUUCCCAAAUAUUAGGAUCUAGGGGGCUUUUAGGUGGCUCUCUGGAUUGAUUAUCUAGUAUUGAGGCCAAACUUGAUUGCAAAAGCGAAUAAACUUAAGGCCCUUUAGAUCAGAUGCCAGGUGUUGAGUCUGGAGAUUUUCUUAGAGGCAUUCUAAGGAGGAAUUAGAGGCUAUGGGCACAUUCCCACGGAUGAGAAGAAGGGAAAUGUCCCUGCAGCCUGUAGUUGUGGGCAUCCCCAUGAGUCAAUGAGGACCAAACUGUUCGGUGGGUUGUCUCCACACUUAUUGGGGAUCAGGGCCUUAGCCUGCGUAAGCCAGAGAGACUGGAAGCCUGGUAACAGGGCUUUUGUGAAGGCAAGGACAAAAACCAAGCUCUGAGAUGGGGAUGUCAUCCACAGGAAAGGGUUGGAGAACAGAGUCAAAAAAGCCAUGAGGACCUAGAGGAACUGUGGCAUUGUAGACAGCUCUGAGGAGAGGGUGGGAGAAGAGGGCAGGAAGACACACAAUAAUAGCCCAGUCAGGUCUAAGGAAACUGCAGGAUUGUAGCUCCAAGGGUGGGGGUAUAGGGUCAGGUGAAGAGAGCUGGCUGGAGCCUUAAAGACUGUGGCUGGGGGCACCUCUACCUCCAGGAGUAACAAAGGAGUGCUGGACACUCAACGGUCAUUCCUCAGACUCAAAUGUUUACACCGACCAAAGAGGAACAACACCCAAUUGCUGUUGGUGGAUGGGGUGCCAAGAGAUUGGUGUGACCUGGAGUUCUAAGAACCGGUUGAAUUGGCUAUGGAUAAUUCAUACAAUUUCGAUGAACAAGGCUCAUGGAAUGGAAUCUCAUCUGAAAAGAAAAAGAAUUUCCUUGCAUCAGAAGAUCAUGGGCAGAAAAUUUUAAGUGUUCUACAGAGUUUUAGAGAACAGAAUGUCUUUUAUGAUUUCAAAAUAAUAAUGAAAGAAGAAAUAAUCCCAUGUCAUCGUUGUGUGUUGGCAGCAUGCAGUGACUUCUUCAGGGCCAUGUUUGAAGUAAACAUGAAAGAAAGAGAUGAUGGAAGUGUUACCAUUACUAACUUGUCCUCCAAAGCAGUAAAGGCAUUUCUUGACUACGCCUAUACUGGGAAAGCAAGAAUAACAGAUGAAAAUGUGGAAAUGUUCUUCCAGCUGUCAUCCUUUCUGCAGGUCCCCUUCCUGUCCAAAGUUUGCAGUGACUUUUUAAUAAAAAGCAUCAGUCUCGUCAAUUGUUUGCAUUUGUUAUCUCUGUCAGACAGCUACGGCUCUACCCAUUUGUUUACUCACACUUUAUGCUUCGUACAACGUCACUUUCAUUUGCUAUUUAAAUCCAGAGAGUUUUUAGAGAUGAAUUUUGGAGUGCUACAAAAGUGUCUGGAGUCAGAUGAGUUAAAUGUGCCUGAAGAAGAAAUAGUCCUGAAGGUUGUCAUCACAUGGAUUAAAUACAACUUAGAGUCCAGGAGAAAGCACCUGCCUCACUUGAUUACAAAAGUAAGGUUACAUCAGUUACCCGAGGACACACUUCAAGACUAUCUGCUCAAUGAAGAGUGUUUACUCAAAAGCACAAACUGCUUUGACAUAAUUGUGGAUGCCAUUAAGUGUGUGCAAGGUUCUAGUGGCCUCUUCCCUGAUGCUCGACCAUCCACAACUGAAAAAUAUAUAUUCAUCCAUAAAACUGAGGAAAAUGGAGAAAAUCAAUAUACAUUUUGCUAUAAUAUUAAAACUGACUCAUGGAAAAUACUGCCACAAUCACAUCUUACUGAUUUGCCAGGAUCUAGUCUGUCUAGCUAUGGAGAGAAAAUAUUCUUAACAGGUGGUUGUAAAGGGAAGUGCUGUAGGAAGGUUCGACUUCAUAUUGCUGAGUCUUACCAUGAUGCCACUGACCAGACCUGGUGCUACUGUCCAGUCAAAAAUGAGUUUUUCUUGGUUUCAACCAUGAAAACUCCAAGAACCAUGCAUACAUCAGUCAUGGCUCUCAAUCGAUUAUUUGUUAUAGGUGGAAAGACUAGAGGAUCACAGGAUAUUAAAAGUCUCUUAGAUGUUGAAUCUUAUGAUCCACUAUCCAAAGAGUGGACAUCAGUUAGCCCUUUACCCAGAGGCAUCUAUUACCCAGAAGCCAGUGCAUGCCAGAAUGUCAUUUAUGUUCUUGGAUCUGAGGUAGAGAUUGCAGAUUCAUUUAACCCAUCCCUUGAUUGUUUUUUUAAAUACAAUGCUACAACUGACCAGUGGUCUGAACUAGUAGCAGAGUUUGGGCAGUUCUUUCAUGCUACUCUAAUUAAAGCUGUCCCAGUAAACUGCACCCUGUAUAUAUGUGAUCUUUCCACCUAUAAGGUGUAUAGUUUUUGUCCUGAUACUUGUGUUUGGAAAGGAGAAGGCUCUUUUGAAUGUGCAGGCUUUAAUGCAGGUGCAAUUGGGAUUGAGGAUAAGAUUUACAUAUUAGGUGGAGAUUAUGCACCAGAUGAAAUCACAGAUGAGGUGCAGGUUUACCACAGCAGCAGGUCAGAGUGGGAAGAGGUGUCACCCAUGCCAAGAGCCUUAACUGAAUUUUACUGCCAAGUUAUUCAGUUCAACAAAUAUAGGGACCCAUGGUUUUCUAAUCAUUUCUAAAAAUAAUAUUUGCAUGAGUGGUCUAAAAUGAUGCCUAAUAGAAUUAGUAAAAAAGUAUGUUACUUAGCACAAUAAAAUAUUCCUUCUAUUGAAGAAUGACUAGAGAUGUAUGCUGUCUAUAAGUAGACAGUUACCAGAAAGUUAAAAUACAAAAUACAUUUUACCAAAGUUAUAUUAAAUGUAAUUUAAUGUUAAAUAGUUCAGAAUAAAUACUUUGUAUUUUCUUAUGUAAGUAAAAAUUAUAGGUUUUGACCCUUUGACUUUAAGGUAAAGGAUGACAAAAAAAAUCAGUGUUCAUAAAUGUGUAACAUGUAGAAGGGAGAACUCUCUUGAGGAAGGGAAAAUGGCCUAUAUACUGUCACAUUGUGUGACAUGAAGAUAAAUUAGAAAUAGGUGAGACGCUCACAUUGAACAUUGUAGGUCUAAGAAUUGUUGAAUCCCUAUCCUUUUCUGCCUGCUACUUAAAUGAUUUCAUUUUACCUUUGUUGUGGUCAGUAAUUUUCUAAAAUACAUUUCUUCACUCUUCUGGUCAAUAUACUAAGAAGAGUUUGGAUUCAUUAUGGUAUAUGAUAUUAUGUACAUGUAAUAUGUAUUUGUUAUUAAGAGCAUAUUUGAGCACUUUAUAGUGCUAAGCCAUUGCAAUUACUAUUUUUUUACUUGCUGGUUUAUUUGUUUUUAGUAUCAUUGUGAGACUGAGCUUUUAAUAACAUGAUAGCUUUCAUUUUUUGUUUCAAAUUUGGUAAAUUUACAUUUUUUAUUUAGUUAUCAUCCUAAAUUGCACCAAGCUUGACUGUGUCUUAACAUAUAACCCACUAAGUGAUGUCCUUGCAAUCUGAAAUGGUACUUUUAAAAUGUUUUUUCUAUGUCAUUAGUGCCUGUUCCCCCAACAUAGAGGAUAUAGAAAUUUUUAUCUCUAGAGAAGCUGAUCAUUAUAAAGUAGUGGGAUUCUUUUUGGCCUUUGUAUACAUGUUUGUCUUUAUACUUUAGUUCCUAUUCAUCUCUUCCAUUGCCUCCACCCAUCCCCCAGGUCCUACUCUAGCUGGUUUCUUCCUGCCAGAUAGUCCCCCUUUUGCUUCCAGGCCACAUGCAUUCCAUUACCCUCUCUUCUGCUCCCUUAAGAUCUUUUCCUUCCUUCAAAGUUGUCUUUCUACUUCCAUGUCUCACAAACACAUAUUGUAUACAUGCACAGAUUCAGAAACAAAUCUAGAUUCUGCAUGAGAGAAAACAUGAUUUUUGUCUUUCUGGAUUUGGCUUUUUCACUUAGCAUAUUGACCUCUAGUUCCAUCCAUUUUCCUGCAGGUGCCCUAAUUGCAUUCGUGAAAGCUGAAUGUAAUUCUAUUGUGCAUAUAUACCACGUUUUCUAUAUUCAUCCAUUGAUGGUCAUCUAGGCUGAUUUUGAUAUCCUGAUAUUCUGAUAUCCUGACUGUUGUGAACAGAGUGCAGCAAUAAACAUAAAUGUGCAUUAAGAAUCCUUUGUGUGUAUAACCUGGAGCUGCAGUAAGAUUCCAGGGUUUAAUUAGUACUAUACCAGUUUCCUGCCAUGGGAUCUAAUUGUCAAGCACCAUGUUGUUUUAUGACUUCAGUAAAUUAUUCAAGGUGAAUCAAAAUGACAGGACUUCUGAUAUCAAUAGUUUCAAAAUCUGUCUUUGUCAGCUUCAACCAGAGCAUGACCAUUCUUGUUCAUGAGUAAGGUCAUUCUGCUUUGCAAGAGGUAUGCUUGUUUGAUUGCUCUAAAAGAUACUGCCAUUUUAGGUUUUAAUACCUCUGAUUUACAUCUUAGCAACUAUAUAGAUUGCACAACUUAGAAUUAGUGUGGUUUCCUACACUACAUUAUAAAUAUUAAUUUGUAGUAAGUGUAGUUAAUGUUUACCUAAAUGAAAGUUCUUUGAUUUUUAUCACAUAAAUGCAAACACAAAUUUCAGAUGUAUUUUCAGAGUACAUUUGCAUGCAACUUCAAAAUUGGGCUAUCAGAUGCCAGUCACAGGGUAUUCAGUACAAUCAAUAGCUCUUUUUAGCAUAUUGACUGAUGGCUGUGCCUUUUCUUUCAUGUGUACUUAAGAAAAAGAAAACUCAGAGGAUGCUUCUCUGGCAUUCUUAAAGAAAGCUGGUAACAAAGAGUGGCCUAUGUGGGACUAGUAAGUAUUUCUUAGUAAAGUAUGCUUAAAUAAUAUCAUCAGUGAAUCUAGGAAUUAUUCAUUUCUUCCCCCUCCAAAAAAGAGAAACUAAAUUAAAACAGUCCCCUCCCAACAGUGUUACAUUAUCCAACCCUUUUUAUUUCUGCUGUUCUCUAUAGUAAUAUUCUUGACAUCAAGACCCAACUGGUUUACUUGGAUUUGUUGUCUUUUCUUAUGGUUUGGGGGCCUUAGUUAUAUUGCUGUGUUUGCUUUUAAACAUGUUCAUUUCUUGCCAUCUCUAUACAUCUACACCCUGUGCUUCUUUCCAUUUGUCAUUAUGGAGAAAAUACUAUGUCCAUUCAUAAAGCUCAGCCUCUUCAUUUCUUUAUCACCACCACAACAGGCUUGGCUCCACUAAUGUCUAAUUUUGUAUUUCCUUGACAUGCUUUCAUCUUAACUGCCCCAGUGGGGAAAAAUGGCUCUGUGUUCAGAAUCUCCAGGACUCUAUCUACAUUGGAUCCUGUGUUCCAUGACUACACUGGUACCUUCAGUGGUCUUGCCAGUCACUGUGGCCUCAUUGCCUAAGAACAGAACUUAUCACUCUGACUCUCUUCAUUCUGGUUUUCUAAUAUGCAAAUCUCUGUGGUCUCUGUGGUCUAUUUUGAGAAUAUAGCAUCCUUUUAUGACAUCUUCUUGUAGGUCUUUUUUUUUUCUUUCUUUCUCUUUAAAGUAGUUUACCUUUCAUGGCCUUCAGCCAGGACUACAUGUAAUGACCAAAUAAUUGGGCUCACUGUCCAGACUGCUGUCAUUCCUGUGGAAAAAAAUUGUUAACAUUUCUCCAUCGUGUGUGUGUGUGUGUGUGUGUGUGUGUAUGUGUGUGACAAGGUUUCUCUGUGUAGCUAUGGAACCUGUUCUGAAAUUUGUUCUUUAGACUGAUCUGUCCUCGAACUCACAGAGAUCCACCUGUCUUUGCCUCCCAAGUUCUAGGACUAAAGGCUUGUGCCACCAUGGCCUGGCUCAUCCAUUAUUUUUUGUCUUGCUUUACUUCAUUGUGAUUAUACAUCUAGAAAUACUUGAAUAUUAUCUCCUAAAUAUUGAAUGUAUGUAUAUAGCAUUAUUAAAUAUAGGAAAAGAUUAACAUAUGAAAUAAAAUUAGAGUUGAUGAACAUUCUUGUUGUGAUCUUCAAACUUGAGUUAAAAUGCAGCAUACCUUUGUUCAUGUACAGUCUUGAGCAAGAGUAUUCACAUAAUUAAAAUUAAACUCAACUCUGUAUUGGUAAGGAAAGAAAUAUUUAUCAUAGAAACAUUCAUUGUAUUCAUUACCCAUGACAGGUGGAUUAUUUGAGGGCAACCCACAUUGCAACAAAUUCUACUUUUUCAUAUACUAAGAAGAACAAAUAAAUGUGUGUUCAUUGUGUUUGGCUCAAUUAUACAUUUGACAACCAAAGUCUGAGAGCUAAUCUGUUUAAUAUUUUGAUAUUUGGAAGCAAUAAAAUACAUACUAGAAUAGAAUGCUACUUUGGGAUCAUUUUCAGAUUGAUUGAAUUCAUUGUUCUGGAAGCUUUUCUCUUGUAUUUGAAAUUAAAGAAUAAGUUUUAAAAAUGUCUCCAAGAAAGCAGCUCCAGAGGGUAGCCCUUUAAAAUAAGGGCUAGACUUUACAGGGAAAUAGACCUCUGUUCACUAUAAGAAACAACAAUUGCACUUUAUAAAGUCCUAAGGGUGAGACUAUUACUAAGACAUUUUAACUAUUCUGAUUUCAAUUGGUUUACAUACUUGAGAUUUUUUUUUUAAAAAAUAGAACUUAUAAGAGUUAACAUUUUGUAAAUGAACAAUAGUAUUAUUCUUAGAUAGAUUAAAUUCUCUAUUUUGGUAUAAAUUUGAAUAGGCACUAGGUCAUCAAAUAUAAUCUAUAAACAUACUUUAAAUUUUAAGAUAUAAAGGUAGGCAAUCACCACCUCUGACAUAAGUACUAUGUCAGGGAAAUAAUAACAAUUCAUAUAGGUUUUGGUUCUUCUCUUCAUAUUUUUACUCAGUUAGAUGUUCAUUUACAAAAUGUUAAUUCUUAUAAGUUAGAGAUAUGCAUAAAAGUGAAAAUAAUCUUGGAAUAAAAUAUGGAGAAAGUUUUUCUACCUUAAACAUUUCAGACACAUGAUUUUUGUCUUAGAGUUUAUAGUUCAGUGCUUUCAGGGACAAAGAAUUACUAUACUAUACUGAUUCCAAAAAGUUACCUUAGAAAUUGUUGCUAAUACUGAAAGUAACUUUGCCAUCUGUGAUGAGAACUUGAAUUCUUGCUUUAAAAUUGUUUUAAAUUCAGUCUUUAAAGCACUUGGAGAAGCAACAUGUCUUUUGUUGCUACAAAGUAUAUCCUCAUUUUCCUUCUUUAAGAGCUCAACACAUUGACUUCUCUAUCAGUGGCCAGGUUGCAUGAUUUCUCUUUGUAAGGUUGCCACAGAGAAUUCACUGUAGUGCCAUGUUGUUGGGUUGAGCCUGGCAAGCUUUGUAGAAUCUUUGACAGGAGGAUUUUACCUUACUGUCUAGUGCCAGUGAACUUGGUGGUUCAAACAUUUCAUUCUUGUCUAGCUCUCUAGGUCUUGUAGUCCUACAGAGUCUAGAUCAGUGGUUCUCAAACUGUAGGUUGCAACCACUUUGGGGAUCCAACAAACCUUUCACAGGUCACCAGAGACCAUCAGAAAACAUAGAUAAUUACAUGAAAUUCAUAACAGUUACAAAAUUACUGUUAUGAAGUAGCAACAAAAAUAAUUUUAUGGUUAGGGGUCACCACAACAUGAGAAAUUGUAUUAAAGGUUCACACAAUUUGGAAGGUUGAGAACCACUGGUCUAGAGCCUCCUGAGUGCCCUCUUCCCAUCAGCAUAAUCAUAAACAUAUAUUUUGCCUAGAGAAUUUAGGGGCAAAAUUUUAAUAACAAUUUUUGAUACAGUUUUCAAAAUUUUAAAAAUACUUUUAGAAAGUCCUCUAGAAAGUCUACAAAACAUAGAAAUCAUAGAUACCAGUUACAUUAUUAAGAGGACAGUUUACUCACAGAUCAAUAUAGACUAGCCUUAUGAUAAUAACAGCAUGGUAGUUUUGUAAAACAAGGCCAUAAUUCCAUCGUUAUCAACCAUGAAACUUUAUUCACCUCAUUAACUCUGAAAACGUUCCCAACAACAAAUUGUGCUAUUGCUCUUGAGGGUAAUGAAGUUGCUGAAAUAACUCAGAGUACAACCCUCUAUUAAUAAGUAUCACACUAAAUAGAUAUUACUGUAUAUUUCUCAUCUACAUGGAAGCUCACAGAGACUGAGACAUAACUUCAUCAUUUCAGGACUCAGCAAUUAGCACAAUGCCUAUCAUAGAAAUCUGUCCAAUAAACUAAUUCUAUUGAGCAAUGUAUAUAUGUAAAGCAAAAUAUAUUCAUCAUGACUGAAUGUGUCUGAUUCUUCUGUACCUUUGGCAAAUUGUUUGCUGAAGGUGAUAUUAUAGCUUCUAAGUAAUUCUUAGAAAUUUUUUUCUGAAGGUGAUGUUAUAGCUUCUAAGUAGUUUUCUACCUAUUUUUCAGGUAGUUGAUUAUUUGUUUUCAUACAUUUUAACCAUAAAAGUAACUAUAACAGCUAAUCCUUCAUUUUCUUUAAGUGGCAAUAAUGGGUAAGACAUUCAGUACAAAUUCCAUUAAUACAUUUGCAACCCCCAUUUCUAAGUGUAAUUGCUUCAGUGAUAUUUUUUCUAGUUGGGGGAGGUAAUGCCCAAUGCUAUUACGCAGGUAACUUAUUUCAUUUCUCUGUUAGUGAAAUGUGAGUCUUUUGCCAUAUGCUAUGAGAAAUAAAGUCAGCAUUUUUUCAGGUUUGUGUUAACCUUAAUAAUUAUCUAGUAAAAUAUCUCAGUUCUAUAAAAUGUUAAUUUAUUAAAAUGUGUCACAAUUCUCUGCAUUGUUAUCAGAAAUAAAAGAGAGAAAA